CAGGCUCAGCUAAUAACACAAAGUCAUGGCUAUUCUGCUUGUGCAGCUUUUGAUGAUUUUAUCUCUUCCACACUUCCAACAAGCUAAAAUUCAUUACUUUCCAACAGCAAUGCCGCUCACAUCAUGGGGCAGUUAUAAUCAAAUAAUUCUGUCCAAUGAGAAAACAAAUGCUGAAUAUGGUAUUGGAUUUGCUUGUGGGUUUUACUCCCAACAGAAUGAAGCACAUGCAGAUUCCUGGUAUUUGGCUAUUGGAUUAGCUGAAUGGAUGGAUUCGUUUCCCGACGAACAAGUUUGGUAUUUCAAAGACAUACUAUGGUUAGCAAACAGGAAUAGAGCUGUUAGUGAGCAUGCUACAUUACAAUUCCUUUCAGAUGGAAAUUUGGUGCUAAGAGAUGGAGAUGGAAGUCUGGUCUGGUCUACUGGCACAGCUAAUAAGUCUGUUGUAGGUAUGAAGAUGAUGAAAACAGGAAAUCUUGUACUUUAUGAUACCAAUAAUAAGAGUAUUUGGCAAUCUUUUGACCAUCCAACAGACACACUGCUUCCUGGGCAAAAAUUGAUGAGAGGACAGAAACUAGUGGCUAGCGUUUCAAAUAGCAAUCUGUCUAAGGGAAACUUCAAUCUUGUUGUAACCUCUCGAGGUCUGGAUGCUUAUUACCAGGCUGAGGUCCCUCUCAGUUACUGCAGAUAUCCAUAUAAUGAAGGUACAUCUCAUGACGUAGACAGAAUUGAAAUGGAAUCAUCUAAUGGUUAUCUUAGUCUAGAUAUACUUUCAACUGAGGGUGUGCUAUUAUAUACUUCAUAUCAGCAAUAUAGAAAUAAAACGUCUUAUAUGAAAUUAGAUCCUGAUGGACAUCUGAGAUUUUAUGAUGACAAGUCUCGUGAUCAGUCAUUUGAUCUGCUGGCAGAUUAUAUGAAUGAAUGUGAUUACCCAUUAAGUUGUGGCAGUUAUGGGCUCUGCACAAAUGGAGUUUGCUCUUGCCUUCCAGGAUUUGCUCCAACUGAUGCUUCAAAUGGCCAAAGCGCAGUCGAAUGCUCACAAAUUAAUCCAAUCACAUGUGAAAAUCCGUCGUCCCAUUUUCUUUUACCCUAUGAAGAUAUUCACUAUUUUAGCUAUGAAGCAGCAAUUGGAAAUGUAACAGACAUGAACAGCUGUAAAGAGGCAUGCUUGAAAACAUGUUCGUGCACGGUUGCUCUAUUUCGAUUCUAUGACAAUACUUCCAUUGGGGAUUGUGUCUUACCGUCCCCGGUUCUUUCUCUCACAAAAGAAGGAAAGGAAACAUAUAAAUAUCAAUCAUAUGCCUUCAUUAAAAUGUCUAAUGAUGGAGAGAUCAGACAAGGUGGGGAUGCAAAUUCAAAUGCUAGACAGCCUGAAAGAAGUUCUUCUAGAUCAGUUAACCAUUCUAUUACAAUAAUAGGAUCAACAUUAGGAGCUUUAAUUCUUGUGGGUCUGGUUUUCGGGUUCUUUUGGAUUGUCUUUUUCGGGAAGAAAAAAGAUGGGGAAGAAGAAGGCAUUGAAGAUUACUUAGAUGAGCUAUCAGGAAUGCCUGUCAGAUUCACUUACAAAGAAUUGAAAAUAGCAACUGAAAAUUUCCAGAAAAAGCUUGGAGCAGGAGGGUUUGGGUCAGUCUUCGAAGGAAAUUCACUAACAGGUGACAAAAUUGCAGUAAAGCGUCUUGACUCAUUAGGCCAAGGGAAGAAGGAAUUCUUGGCUGAGGUCAAGACUAUAGGAAGUAUCCACCAUAACAGCCUGGUGAGACUAAUUGGCUUCUGCGCAGAAAAAUUGCAUAGGCUUUUGGUUUAUGAGUUCAUGUCAUAUGGGUCUUUGGACAAAUGGAUUUUCUUUCAAGAACCAUUUCAACCUCCUCUAGACUGGCAAACAAGAAGGAAAAUUAUCUGGGACGUAGCAAAGGGGCUCGCCUAUCUCCAUGAAGAUUGCAGGCAGAGAAUAAUUCAUUUGGAUAUCAAGCCCCAAAACAUACUGUUAGAUGCUAACCUACAUGCCAAGAUAUCAGACUUUGGCUUGUCUAAGUUGAUUGAUAGGGAUCAAAGCCAAUCGGUGACAACAAUGAGAGGAACUCCUGGAUAUAUGGCUCCUGAAUUGUUUCACUCUGUCAUUACAGAAAAGGCAGAUGUCUAUAGCUUUGGGAUUGUAGUAAUGGAAGUAGUCUGUGGAAGGAAAAAUCUUGAUAGGUCACAGCCUGAGGGAUGCAUGCAUUUGCUCCCAAUUUUCAUGAGGAAAGCAGAGGAGCAUCAAUUAAUGGAUAUGGUUGACAAAAGCAGCGAAGAUAUGGAAUUGCAUAAGUCGGAAGCUGUGGAGAUGAUGAAAGUUGCAAUUUGGUGUCUGCAAAGUAAUUAUACAAGGAGGCCUUCCAUGUCUAUGGUUGUUAAAGUCUUAGAAGGCACUGUGGAAGUGGAAGCUGACCUGGAUUACACGAUCCAACAUCCAACAACAAUGGCACCAAUAAGGAUAGAAGCAAAUUUGGAAAAUACAACUACAUUAUUACGGCCAUCACUUCUAUCAGCACCCAGGUGAAUCAUUGUUCCUCUUUUGUUGUGUUGUGUAUCAGAAUAUUAAUGCUUUGUUGUGUUGCGUUUGUUUUACUGUAUUUACUACUUGGAUCUAGUUCAGUUUGCAGCAAAAACGAAUUGAAUUAUCCAAGAA